GACUGGUGAAUUUAGGUUAUGUUCUUCAUGUUCAUCAACAUGCAGACGAAUUUCUCGUAGAGAAAAAUUAUUUCAAGUCGAAACAUUAGAAAUUUAUGAUUGUUGUGGGGGGAUAAUUCAGUUAAUCAGUUCAGAAUGGCUGGGAUAAGAAAAGGGGGCAGGGACUGGGGGUUGACAAUGCUGAGAUCAUUGCCCAGGGUUUGUUUGGGAAAUUUGAGGGCCAAUCCUGGCACCAUAAUGAAGAACAAAAGGGGUAGGGCUGCUCAUGGGGGUGACAAGCAUGGGGCUGGCAACAAGGGCUCGGGACAGAGGCAGAACUACAUGAGGACUGGGUACGAAACUGGAAAUAUACCAUUUUACCUCAGGUUUCAGUGGGAGCCGUAUUACAAAGGACAUCAUGUCAGGAGACAAUACCCCCCACUGAGUCUCCAACAACUGCAACUGAUGAUUGACACCAACAGAAUAGACACCUCGAAGCCGAUAGAUCUCGUGGCUCUAUUCAAUUCUGGUCUUUUUCAUCUCGAUUUCAUGCAAACGCAUGCUGGGGUCCAUCUCACUGACGAAGGAAUUAACAGUUUCCAGGCAAAAGUGAAUAUUGAAGUCCAAUGGGCGACAGAGCCAGUGAUCGCUGCUAUUGAGAAGAAUGGAGGGGUCAUAACAACUGCAUUUUACGAUCGAGAGAGUUUAUAUUGUCUGGCUAAUGCUGAAAAAUUCUUCAAGAAAGGGGAACCAAUCGGCAGGAGGAUGCUGCCACCCUCUGACUGUCUGGAAUAUUACUCCAGUGCAGCAACUCGCGGAUACCUAGCGGACCCAGACAAAGUAGCAUAUGAGCGUCUGGUCCUCGCCCAGAAGUACGGAUACACCCUCCCAAAGUACGAAGAGGAUCCUGACUACGAGAUGCUGUCAGAGCGAAAGGACCCGAGACAAAUAUUCUACGGACUGGAGCCAGGCUGGCUGGUGAGUUUGAAGGACAAAACCAUCUUGAAACCGAAGGCUGAUUACCUCAAGGAGUACUACGCCAAUUAACAUCCCCCAUUAUUAUUCCAUAUGUACAGUUGAUAAUAAAAAUAUAUAAAACGA